AUGACGCGCAGUUCUCCUGCUGAACAUAGUGACGACAUAUUUGUAGCUGGUUCAGACACGUCGUUCGCAGCGCUGGAGUGGGUGAUGACCCAGCUCCUCUGGCACCCGUGCAUCCUCAAGAAGGCGCAGGACGAGCUACGGCAUGUGGUGGGUGACAAGGGCUGCGUGGAGGAGUCGGAUCUCCGCGACCUCCACUACCUCCGCGCCAUCAUCAAGGAGACCUUCCGGCUUCACCCUGUCAUUCCGUUGCUUGUUACACGAGAGUCCGAGGCUGCAUGUACUCUAGGCGGCUACGAUAUCCCGGCAAAGUCACGUGUGUUCAUCAACACCUUCGCCAUGGGCCGAGACCCAGAGAUCUGGGACCAGGCACUUGAAUUCUCACCGGAACGGUUCAAGAACGGUGGUGGCGAGACGACAGAUCUCAUUAUGGAUCCGGACUUCAAGCUUCUUCCUUUUGGCGGUGGUCGGAGAGGUUGUCCCGGGUACAUGUUUGCAUUGGCUACCCUGCAGUUGUCACUGGCCAGCCUGCUGUACCACUUCGAAUGGGCACUGCCGUCCGGAGUGCGCGCCGAUGAUGUCAACCUCGAAGAGAUUUUCAGGCUUGCCACCAUGAAGAAGGAGCCUUUAUUCGUGGUCGUCAGCAAUAGCAAGGAGUUUGAGUUUAAGGGGGGAGAGAUCAACAAGGUCUAG